UCUGGGACUGCAGGAAUUCAGGAUCAGGUGGAUCACAGAAACCAAGAGAUCCACUCCACCAAACCGAUGAUCCACUGGGCAAACUGGGACUUGCAUGAACCGUGUGGCUUUGCUUGUCCGCCUUUCCACCGAAUGUGUUUCAUCAGUCAAGAUCCCUAAGUUCGGGUCCGAAAGAACCACCAGGCUUUGCUUUUCUGCCUUUCCAACGAAUGCGUUUCGUCAGUCAAGACUCUUGAAUUUGGACCCAAAUGCACUGUCCAGCUUUGUUUCUCCACCUUUCCAUCAAAUGCGUUUUGUCCAUCGAGAUCCAUAACAAUGGGCCCAAAAGAAGCCGCCACCUUUGCUUUUCUGCUUUUCCAUCAAAAGUGUUGCAUUGAUCAAGAGCCUUACGUUUGAGUCCAAAAGUGUUUCAUCGAUUGAGAUCCUUAAAUCAAAGUGCAAAUGGACCAUCCAGGUUUGCUUUUCUUCCUUUCCAUCAAAUACGUUGCGUUGAUCAAAAUCCUGAAGUUUGGGUUUGAAUAAACCACCUGUCUUUGCUUUUCUGCCUUUCCAUCGAAUGUGUCGCACUGAUCAAGAUCCUUAAAUUCAAGUCCAAAUGUGUUCCAUCGAUCAAGAUCCUUAAAUCGAAGUGCCAAUAAACUAUCAGUCCUUGCUUUUCUUCUUUUCCAUCGCAGGUGUUUAAUCAACAGAGAUCCUCAAGUUUGCCCCUGAGAAAGGCAAAAGCCGGGGGCCAUGAUGCCAACCGAUUUGGGUCACCAGGAAUCGUUCCCGUUGCCACGCAUCGUCUGGUCCGACCUGGUGCUCCGCGUCCCGCACAGCAAGGCUGGGUCCAAAGUGGCAACCAAAGGAGCAGAACGGCGGAGUGACCGAAAGCUACCGCCGGCAUCAAAGGUUCCUGUGGAAGAUGGGAGUUGCAGUUUAGGGGGAAUGGAUGGAGAUAUGAAACCAUCUUGGGCUUACCUGGAAGGGAUUCAAGAGGAGGAACGGGAAGAAAAAUGGGCAUCAGGUCCACCAAGAUCUCCUCCAGAGAACCCACCAUCGUCCUCUCCAGAAAAGCAGGCCGUGAAGACCAUUUUGGUUGACCUGAGACCCAUCUUGGAGAAGGUCACUGAGAGCCCAGAUUUGGGGAAGGAGGACUCAUUGGAGGACUCUCCAAAAGAGGGGUCCAUCUCAUCCCAAAUUUGUGAAUAUCAUGGAGAAGACCUCAUUGAUAAUAGAGGAGAGCUUGGCUAUGGAAGAGGACACCAAGCUGGAGAUGCUGCCAUGGCUGUUCUCAAGGAUGAAGGCGUUCAUAAGGACCUUUUCCUGCCUCCCUUGAGACCCUGCAGCCUUGACCUGGAGGGCAUCAAGACCCCAAAAGAAAGCCAGUCGUGGAGGAAAGAGCCCACCAAAAUUAGCAAGGACAGCUUGCCGGCUCUGGUGACGCUUCAGCCGAAGCUCAGCGCCCCGCUUUUCCUCCCCAAAAUGGUUCCCAAGGAACACUCUCUGGUGGAGACAGACAUUGCGGCCCAACCACCCGCUGCCCCUUCCCCGGAUUUCCAGCUCCCGACUCGAAUGCUCCUUUGGAAGCUGCAACAAACCACCACAAGCGACAACCACCUCCUCAUCGCACGAGUCCUGAGUUCAAUUCGAGAGGAGCUCUUGGCAGAUGGAGGAGAAAAAGAGCGUCGCUGCCUUGAACUUCCACAGAUCCAACCCUUCAAGGUGGAAAGGAGAGAAAGGGAACCGGACGCCAGAAAGAAACGAUUGCAUAAAUUCCCCAAGAAACACAACAGAUCCUUCCAAGGAGAAUAGGAUGGCUCUGGGAACCAACAACUCCCAUCAGGCACCAGCAGGGUUGCUGUUCCUAUCACUCCCGCAUGGCCAGUGUCAAAGAGUCCUGGGAAUUAAGAGGCAGAAAGACCCUUGCGAUAAAAGCAAAACUUGUGUGUG